GUGUGUGUAGUAUGACUUCACAACACGGCACUAACAUAGACCUGGUUAUUUGGAAAGUAGGUCACCGCAGCCAAACACUUUCACUUAUUACAUGGGCUCCUAAUCAUUUUCCUUUGUAGAGCUGGACCGUACGCACGCACGUAGAAAGAGGGAACCCACGUUGUUUGUUGGAAAGGGUACCUCUGCAUAGUUAGUUCGUCGUUUUGCACGAGAGAGUUGCGAGCCAGAACGGACCCGCUCUUUUCGUCCAGUCAAGUCAGUCAUCGGUCGCACCUCAACUCCACGAGAAGUGUGUUGCUAUCUCUCGUGUUGUCGUUGUUAGUUAGUAAUCAUCAACGUUGUCGUCGUUGUUAUUGUUCUUCGACUCGUUUUGCGAAAUCAUUUGAUGAAAAAGGAAAAUUGUGUCUUCUAGAUUUGUUUAUUUUUUUUUGUUAUCGUAUAGUGUUGAUCGUUCUUCGCGUGUGAAGUGCUUUGGAUUACUACUUCUCCUCGUAUUUCGGAUUACAUUAAUGUGAAUUAGUGUUAAGAAAAAUAUUGUGUCUUCCCCAAAAUAUAAAAUUAAUAAUAAGUAAUAGAAACGAAUGGAUAUAUUUCGUUACACUUCCUUUUAUUUUCAAUGUGUACUACAGAGUGGCUGUGAUUUAAAACUCGAUACAAUGAUUACAAACUUGAUUAAUUAAAAUAAUUUUUUAAGGAGACACCAAUUCAAUUUGGUCGAAAAUUCUUAAUCUUCGCGUGACAAUCGUGAAAUGUUACUAGACAUGGAAAACCAUCCCCCAUUAAUCUCGCUUAACAUGCCGUUCGGUAGUUCGGGCAAUUCGGAAUCCCCAGUAAGCAGUGCUAAUAACUUAAGUUCGGGAAGUCCAAUGCCCCAAUAUUGUUCACCCCCUUUAAAUGCUCCAUAUAGUAGCUGUAAUCAACAAAUGACAAUGCCACAGCAGAAUAUGAUGAUCAGUCAUAGUAUGAACAAUAUAGAUCCGACCUAUUUAUUUUCCCCAGCAGGUGUGGGUAGUUUGCAGAAUAGCGUCGAUAUGGGCGCUGGUUACCAACUUUCCGGACCUACAACAUCUUUAACGACAGGUGACCUACCGGAUACGAAAGAAGGAAUCGAAGAAUUGUGCCCGGUUUGCGGGGAUAAAGUUUCGGGUUAUCAUUACGGACUGUUAACUUGCGAAUCGUGUAAAGGAUUUUUCAAACGGACUGUUCAAAAUAAGAAGGUUUAUACGUGUGUUGCCGAAAGAAGCUGUCACAUUGAUAAAACGCAAAGGAAACGGUGUCCUUAUUGUCGAUUUCAAAAAUGUCUUGAAGUUGGAAUGAAAUUAGAAGCUGUACGAGCAGAUCGAAUGAGAGGUGGUAGAAAUAAAUUCGGACCAAUGUACAAAAGAGAUCGAGCGAGAAAACUCCAAAUAAUGCGACAACGACAACUCGCCGCCCAAACACUUCGGAGUCAAAUAGGCGAUGGUGGCAUAUACGGAACGCAACCGGGCACGUCGCCUUUCAAUUUGCACAAUAUCAAACAAGAAAUCCAAAUACCCCAGGUCUCGUCACUAACAUCCUCACCGGAUUCGUCACCAUCCCCGGUGGCAGUCGCUUUAGGUCAACUAAACCCCUCAGCCCUCGCAGGUCAACCGGGUCAAAGCCAACAACCAGUCCUGCAAAUCGUCAAUAUCCAAGGAGGAGGCGGAGGUGGUGGCGUCAACCAACAACAACAACAGCAACAACUCGUAAUGACGACGGCGGAUACAAAAAUUUGGGGCUCGGCGGCGAAUUCAACGACGACGUCACCUCAUUCGUUAAGUCCAAAAUCGUUCCAAUUCGAAGCGGUCGUCCAAGGAGCUGGCGGGGGAGGCGGAGGCGGCGGCGGUGGAGGUGGCGGGUCUACCGUGAAAAUGUCACCGUUGAUAAGGGACUUUGUUCAAGCAAUUGACGACCGUGAGUGGCAAAACAGUUUGUACCAGUUACUGCAAGAGCAGACGUACAAUCAGUGCGAGGUGGACCUUUUCGAACUUAUGUGUAAAGUGCUUGAUCAGAACCUGUUUUCGCAAGUUGACUGGGCAAGAAAUUCAGUGUUUUUUAAAGAUCUCAAGGUUGAUGACCAAAUGAAACUUCUGCAGCAUUCGUGGUCGGAUAUGUUGGUGCUUGAUCAUAUGCAUCAACGUAUGCACAACAACCUACCUGACGAAAUGACACUCCAUAACGGUCAGAAGUUUGAUCUCCUAAGUCUGGGUUUGUUAGGAGUUCCAACGCUGGCCGAACAUUUCAACGACAUCACAAGUAAACUGCAAGAGCUCAAGUUCGAUGUUAGCGACUACAUUUGUAUAAAGUUUAUGCUCCUGUUAAAUCCAGGUAUUACAGAUGUUCGAGGUAUAACGAACAGGAAACACGUCCAAGAAGGUUACGAACAAGUUCAAAGGGCUUUGUUAGAAUAUACUUUAAAUGGUUACCCACAAAUUCAGGAUAAAUUCAGUAAAAUGGUACAAUUGCUUCCGGAAAUCCGUUCGUUGGCUACAAGAGGAGAAGAGCAUCUUUACCAUAAACAUUGUAACGGCAGCGCGCCGACACAAACGCUUCUGAUGGAAAUGCUUCAUGCAAAAAGGAAAUAACGGCCCACGAAUACGUUGAUUUACCAACACCACAACCACCAUCAUCAUCGUUACCAUAUCUGUGUGCAAUACGACAGGCUUGUUAAGAAAAAGGAACACGUCGAACCGUUCGAAAUGAUGAUACUACUACCACUAAUGAUUAUUAUUGUAAAUAGAAUGAUGUAUUUUUCUUCUUUUUGGAAAUCUCUUAUUAAUUAUUGUUGACAUUGAUGCCUUCAUGAAGUACAAAGAAUGAGCCAGAGAGAGGGCGGUAAGCUGGUGCCACCAGAUUUAUUACUAUUUUUUUAAAAACCAACAAAAAUAAAUAAAAACUGAUAAUGUAUUUGUAGAUUUAAAACGGAAUGAUAAAACGGAAUACAUUUUUUAUAGUUUUAUCGCAAAUUUAAACCAGACACCUAGUGAGCUGACGGAAAAAAUAAUUGUGUAAACUUUUAAUUGUUAUUUAAUUAUACAGGAUCAUUAAAAUUAUUACAGACGUAAACAUUAUCAGCUUUUUUGAAAUCAAUCUUAAUAAACCUGUUGUUAUUCAUUCAUAAAUUAUUUUUUCUUAUAAACAAGUAUUUUAAAUUGUAUUUUAAGUUUUAAAUUAAUGCGUAAUUAUUGUCGAUUUUUGCUUAAUUUUAAAUGGUAUUAAAUUUUUAUAAAUCGAUCAAAAAUUUCGUUCAAGAAAUAUACUACGAAAUUAACUCAAAUUACCUGUUUUGGUAAUUAGAUCAGAAUUGCUAUUGCAGGGAUUUGAAUCGGUGCUGGAAAUCGAUUCUUAUACCUCUAAUCGUUAUGACAAAAA